UUUUCAUUUUUCAAAUCUUUUCUUGUAUAUUUUUGUAUUUAUUUGAAUGUGCUGUAUUUUUUUAAAUCAAGGUAUAAAAGAAUGAUAUAUUUUAAAUAUCUUUCUAUUCUAGUGAUUAUAAUCACGACGCAUAAGUAGGUACGCAUAUUAUUAAUUGAUGUUUUUUUUUUAAAUUAACACAGACCUUAGUAGAUGAUUCCUUCUUUUCUGCCUUUACCCAUAUUUACUCGAUAUAAAUAAAUUGUGAAAAGAAGUACGAAAUCAUGGAUACAAAAACAGAAAGUACAUCGCAAUCACAUGGUGACGACGAAAUGGAUGUGGAUGAAGAAUUGACUAACAAAUUUUUGAGUGGAGAAAUGUCUUUUGCUGAAUAUUCUAGUGAAUGGUAUCGCCCUGAAGACGAAGAGGAUUUAGAAGAUGUGGGAAGAAAUGACGAGGAAACCAUAAAUUCAGUACAAGUAGUCGAGAAAACCUUACAGAAAAGACGGAGGCGCACCCGCCUUUCUGCAGCUUUAGUGGGAUUAAUGGGUGAAGCAAAUAUACGAUUCGCUCGAGGAGACUUAGACAUGGCAGAACGCAUGUGCCACGAAAUCAUAAAGCAACUACCUACAGCUGCAGAACCUUACCAAACAUUAGCUCAAAUUUAUGAACAUGAUGUAGAUAAAUCCUUACAGUUCUCAUUACUAGCUGCACAUCUGAGUCGAGCUGACGCUGAAGAAUGGUGGAGGCUCGCUGCUAUAUGUAAGCAGAGAGAUGACAAGAAACAGGAAAUGAUUUGCUACACGCAGGCCAUCAAAUCAGAACCUCAGAACUUGGAUGCCCACAUGAAAAGACUGGAAUUCCUUACAGCUUUGGAAGAAAUGAAAUAUCCAGUAAAUACGUUAAAUGUUACGAGAGUUAAAUGUUAUCAUAAGAUUGUUAGUUCUUUGCCAUCAAGUGAAGGUGAAACAAUAAUGAAAUAUGCUAAACUGGCCGUAACUUUGUAUCACAACAGUGAAGAAAUAGAAAGAGCAUGUGAAGUUAUGUCUACAGCAUAUAAACAAUGUUCCUCAAUAUUUACUAUAGAAGAUAUAAACAUUUAUUUAGAGUUACUCAUUUCUUUAAAACAGUAUCAAACCUGCAUAGAUGUUUUUGUGUCUAGCAUAGGUGUUGAAAUUGAAGCAGAAAUACAAACCAUUAAGAAUGCUAAUGGGGAAAUAGAAGAACACACUAACUAUUUGAGCUGCAUUAUACCCAGCAAAAUGGCUAUAGAUUUAAAAAGUAAAUUAUUAGUGUGCUUCAUCCAUUUGGGUUCUUUAAGCCUUGUGGAGACACUGUUAAAUGACUUUUUGAGCAAUGAUGUUGAUAAAGCUGGGGACCUUUAUAUGGACAUAGAAGAAGCUUUCUCUUCAGUGGGUCACUAUGAGAUGGCUAUUAAAUUGCUUGAACCUUUAGUGAGAAAUACUAAUUUUGAUUUGGGAGCUGUGUGGCUGAAACAUGCAGAAUGCCUGUUCAAGUUAGGGAGGGUAGACGACGCCAUUGACUCUUAUUACAAGGUGUUGAAACAUGUUCCACAGCAUCCUAAUGCUCGGAAAAAACUAUUUUGCAUACUUGAGAAAAAAGGAUGCAUAGAAGAUGCAUUAAAUAUUUUGCAACAGGAUUAUAAAUAUGUUGUUAGCGCUAACCUACUGUAUGAGCAAUGUCAAGCCUUAAAGAAGUACAACAAACCAUUGAAGUAUUUGGAUGAUUCCACUUUUUUCCCUAUUCUAAGAUUACUGCUACCUGAUUGUGAACGGGAAAGAAGUGCAUAUAACUUGAAAGAAACAAAACUCGGUGCUUUAUUGGUAAAAGUAUUAUCACUGAAUAAACAAACACUAGAUGCCCAAAAGUUGUUGAACUUUCGCUCCGUCCAUUCCUCUUCGCAUGAAAGUGAUUUUGCUAGCAUAGCAUUUUUCGUUUUGAAUACCAGAGCACAACAAACUACUCCACAGUUAACAGUGGGCGCUGUUAAUGAAAUUUUAGACAAAAUUGCUAAGGAUGAAGUUGGAAAUAAAGGACCGACCCUGGACGAGGCAUUUAGCUACGCGAUUACGAAGUUAACACCUCAAGAGUUUAAAUGGUUUCUCCGAAUGAUUUUAAAGGAUUUGAAGCUCGGCAUGAGUUCACAUCGCAUACUGUCAUGCUUUCAUCCGGACGCCCCGGAACUGUAUCGAAAUUGUAGCGAUCUUCGUAAGGUAUGCGAAGAUCUGGAAGAUGGUGAUACUCGGCCGCUAGAGCUCGGCGUACAGCUGUUCUUUGCAGUGAGGCCGAUGCUGUCCGAGCGAAUGGAUGUGACGCACAUACAUCUCUCUCCGAAUAAAACCUACCUGGUUGAAGAUAAGUUUGAUGGGGAGAGGUUCCAGAUGCAUGUGGAAAACAACAUUUUUGAAUAUUAUUCGAGAAAAGGUUUCGCUUAUUCGAAGAAGUAUGGUAAAACAUUUGAAUCUGGCAUACUUACCCCAGAUUUGAAGACUUGCUUUUCAUCGAAUGCGCACAAUUUUAUUCUUGAUGGUGAAAUGAUGGGCUGGCAUAAAGAAAACCAAUGUUUUGGUUCUAAAGGAAUGUCGUACGAUAUAAAGAAGAUAACGGAACAUUCAUCAUAUCGCGCGUGCUACUGCGUAUUCGACAUCCUCUAUUACAACGGACAGUCGCUGGUCGGGCCUCCGGACAAGGGAGGCCUACCUCUUCACGAGAGACUCAAGAUACUGGACACUCUGUUCACGGACGUUCCCGGAGUCAUACAACAUAGUAAAAGGGAAACAGUCAAAGACGUUUCGGACGUCGUGAAUGCCCUCAACAAGGCUAUCGACGACCAAGAUGAGGGCAUCGUGCUAAAAGACGUCCACUCCUACUACAUUCCUGCCCAGCGCAACGCCGGUUGGUUCAAGAUUAAACCUGAGUACACAGAGGGCACUAUGACGGACUUGGAUUUAGUGAUUAUCGGGGCCGAGGAAGCGGAGAACAAGAGACAGGGCCGCGCUAAGAGCUUCUAUGUGGCCUGUGCUGAUAUUGACUCAGGCGAUACACCCCAGCGCUGGGUGUGCGUGGGCCACGUCUCCAGCGGGGUCAGCUACCAGGAGAAGGAGCGCCUGUGUGCGCUGCUGGAGCAGCACUGGCGCGCUGCGAGGAGCGCGCCGGCGCCGCCCUGUCUGCUCUUCGGCAAGAAGAAACCAGACUUCUGGAUACUCCCGGAGCAUUCCAUUGUUUUACAGGUGCGCGCCACGGAGCUAGUCCGCAGCGCGGAGUACGGCGCCGGCUACGCGCUGCGCUUCCCGCGCGUCGAGCGCAUACGCGACGACAAGCCCGUCGCCGACGUCAUGACGCUGCAGCACUUCACCCAGCUCGUCUCUACAAGAAGCCCAGUCGUUAAACUGAGCACAAAGCGCAUCAAUAGCGAGACUACAAACGAGCCAAAGGAGAGGAAAAUACAAAGAAUAUCAAAAGCGGCGCAAGUGUCGGAUAAAUUCCGCACUAAACUAGCAGACGACGUGGAGGUGACGUCUAAAGCGCUUCUGGGGCGAAAGCUGUGCAUACUGUCUGAUGAUGAGGACUGCAAGAAAGCGGAUCUGGUGCGGAUCAUUCAGUCACACGGGGGGAAACAUGUUGAGAAUAGUGGACCUGAUACAUGGUGCUGUGUGGCCGGUACUAUCACAGUCAAAAUACGCAACCUGAUAGCGAUGCGAAGUGAAGACAUCAUCACUACAUCUUGGCUUCGCUCUCUGCCCGCUUCAGAGAGUUUGUGUGCUCUGAGUCCUUUAGAUAUGCUGUCUAUAAAGGAUGAGACUAGACUGAACUUAUGUAUGGAAUAUGACAAAUUUGGAGAUAGCUACGCGGAGGAAAUAGACGAAAACACGUUAAGAAAAUGUUUCAAAAAAAUGGAUGCGGAACUGCCAAUAUAUUUGACGACAAGAGAAAUGUUAAAACUAGACAGGCAGUUGUUCGGUGAAAAUAACCCGUUCUCUUUCUUACGAGGUUGUUCCAUACACGUAGUGGACAAUGCCUUGUAUGCAACUUUAGCACGAGUGUAUGGCGCCAAAGCUGCGGACUCACCCCAAGUGGCCACGCAUGUGGUCGUCCCAAAUAAAAUGAAGACAGAAGAUUUAGAGGCUUUAAAAAUUAAUUCCAAAGCGAAAAUUGUGACGGAAGACUGGUUAAAACAGUGUUUCGAAGAAAAAGCAAGGAUUACGGAAACGGAGUAUUUACUGUAAUAUUUAGAAUAUCUA